CAACUCAUUCUUUAGUUUGGUUGAUUGGAGUAAGGAUCGCGUUCAUUAAUGUCAUCAUCAUCGUCGUCGUCGUCGUUUUUGGCCAGUUUGCUGGGUCUCAGUAAUGGCGAGGAUCAGCUGCAGAAAGCCUUCGAUGAGGUUCAGGGUCAAAGGACUUCUCCCUUGAGACAGACAACGAACCUGAAGAUGUCCGCGCCCAUACGCUACUACUACGACAAGAUGUCACAGCCCUCGCGGGCAUUACUCAUUAUCUUUCGGCUGAGCAAUAUGCCCUUUGAAGACUGUGUGGUGGCUCUGAGGAAUGGUGAACACUUGACCGAGGACUUUAAGCGACAGGUGAAUCGCUUCCAGCGUGUGCCCUGCAUCCAUGACAAUGGCUACAAGCUGGCCGAGAGCGUGGCCAUUCUGCGCUAUCUCAGUGCCAAGGGUAAAAUUCCAGAGCAUCUGUAUCCCAAGUAUUUUGUGGACCAGAGUCGCGUGGACGAGUUCCUCGAGUGGCAGCACAUGUCCCUCCGCCUGACCUGCGCCAUGUACUUCCGGACUGUGUGGCUGGAGCCGCUGCUUACGGGACGCACACCCACAGAGUCCAAGAUCGAGACAAUGCGCAUGCAUAUGGAGCGCAAUCUGGAUGUGGUGGAGGAGGUGUGGCUGGAGAGUAGCGAUUUCCUUACAGGAUCCACGCUCACCGUGGCGGACAUUUUUGCAGCCUGUGAAAUUGAACAGACGCGCAUGGCUGACUACGAUGUGAGGAUCAAGUACCCCAAGAUCCGGGCCUGGCUGAAGCGCGUGCGCCAGAGCUGCAAUCCGCACUAUGAUGUGGCCCACGAGUUUGUCUACAAUAUCUCGGGAACGGGGCCCCAGGCGAAGCUGUAAAUUUUAUGUUUUUUUAUAGAUUAUAAUAUUAUUUAUGGGCAAUUAGAUUCUAAAUUAAAUAUUAGAAAAAUAAAUCUAAAUAAAAGA